GCGGAAAAAUUUUACACCGUUUUUUACGCGUUUUCCAACACCCGAGCCCGAAAAGUGUUCCGCUCCUAAUCGGAUGAUAAAAGAGUUAUUCCUUUGGAUAAUGUAAAAUGUUGCGUUAGUUGCCUUAGCAACGGCUUUUGGCCAAGAUACUCAUAAUCCAAUCAGCGUGAAGCAACUAGUCUAUAAAUUUGCCUUGACAAUAUUGGAAAGUUUUCGAUCGGUUUAUUUGUGCAGCGAAAAUCUCGACUUGGCAUCAAAUUUUUGCGCAUAUUCGCGCGUUUUAAUUACAAACAACAACAACAACAGCUAGAGAGCUGCUGCAACAACUUCAGCUGCGACAAGUGGAACGAGUUGGCAGCAAGGUCUGUUUCGACGCCAUGGAGAAUCUUGGCUACAAGGAGGGCAGCACGAAGCCGCGCCGCAUGACACGUUCCAUCAGCGUCGUUACCAAGACCGAAGUGGAGCAGCCGCUCAAUGAAAAUAAUGCGAAUAACCGUUUCAAAUCGAUUCCACCCAAUCUAAUGGUGCGAUGGCGCAACAACACUGACGCCAUGAUCGAAGCCCAGUAUCCGACAGCUGGUGAAUUCGAAUACAUGGAGUGUGGACCAUCGCCGCCGGCGGAGAGUGCUCCGAGCAUGUACGAUAGCUUUGAGGAGCCAACAAGUGAGCUGAGCGUCCAGAUCUGCAAUGAUACGCUGAGGAUUAGUCUAAUUGACCAGAUGAAGAGCGCCGCUGGGCGGGUGCGCCUGCUGGAGGAUAUUGAACAGGGCAAUGUCGUCGCCGAGGGCCUCGGCCCGCACUUCGAGACCGCUUCGAAGCUGGAGAAGAAUCUGUGCUAUCUGUGGGCAGCGUUCCUCAAGCGCUGGGACCUGCUCGAAGGCCUGCUGAAGGCGGGCGCCGAUCUGCACUUUUGCGACCAGAAUGGCAUCUCGGCCUUGCAUCUGGGCGCAUUCAGCGGCUGCCUGGCCACGCUGGACCUGCUGGUGACCAAGGGCAUUAAUGUCAAUCUGCAGCCGAAGUGCUACACGCCGCUGCACUGCGCCGCCUUUGGCAAUGCCGCCGAGGCGGCCAAGUUUCUCAUCCAGAGCGGCGCCCUCAUCACCAAAGACACCAACAAGCCCAACUGCGAGGAGAGUCUGCUGCACUGCGCCGUGCGCUCCAAUGCGCUCGAAUGCCUGCAGCUGUUCAUUGGCGAGGGAGCAGACGUCAAUUCGCUGAAGCCGAAUGGCACCAAUGCCAUACACCUGGCCGCGGAUCUGGGCCAUCUGCAGUGCCUGGAGGCGCUGUUGAAUGCGCCCAAUGCCGAUGCCAAUGUGCGCAUCUGCAUACGCGAAAAGGAGUCGACAGCUCUGCAUUUGGCCGCCGAUGAGGGCAACGUGGAGUGCGUCGAUUUGUUGCUGUCGAAGGGUGCCGACGCCAAGCUGAAGAAUCAUCGCGGCUUCACGCCGCUCCACCUGGCCGCGCGCACCUCCAGCCUGGAGUGCGUGGAGUCGUUGCUGCGCAACGGCAAUGCGGACGCCAAUGCGGAGGACUUUGAUCAUCGGACGCCGCUGCAUGCUGCGGUUGGCAAGUCCGAGAACGCCUACGAUAUCAUGGAGAUUCUGAUCCAGUGGGGCGCCAAUGUCAACCAUAAGGACAUCUAUGGCUUCACCGCUCUCCAUCUGGCCGCCCUCGAUGGGCUCGUCCAGUGCGUCGAGAUGCUCAUUUUCCAUGGCGCCGAUGUCACAACCAAGUCAAAGAAGGGCACAUCCGCCCUGAAUGUCAUCACACGAAAGACACCCGCAUCGGUGGCCAUGAUCCGGCAGAAAUUGGAUGCGGCCAUCACACUGCAUCAUUCCCAGGAUCCCGUGAAUCGUGAGGUGGAACUGGAGCUGGACUUUCGCCAGCUGCUGCAGCACUGUCAUCCGCGUGAGAUCAGCUAUUUGAAUACGUUCGUGGACGAGGGCCAAAAGGAGAUACUGGAGCAUCCGCUGUGCUCCUCCUUUCUGUACAUCAAGUGGGGCAAGAUACGAAAGUAUUACAUCGGUCGCUUGAUCUUCUGCUUUAGCUUUGUGCUCUUCCUGACGCUCUACGUGCUGACGGCGUUGGCGCACAACUGUUACAACGGCAGCAAGGACGACAACACAACGAUUCAGGCCCAGGAGCUAUGCCAGAAGCAAUCCAUAUUGGGCGACAUGCUGCGCAAUAAUCCGUUUGUCAUGGAAAUGCAAUGGUGGGUCCUGGUAGCCAUAACCAUAGUGGAGAUAUUCCGUAAGCUUUACGGCAUAACGGGCUACUCCUCGUUCCGGCACUAUGUGACGCAGGUGGAGAACAUUAUGGAGUGGUUCGUGAUAACCAGCGUGUUUGUCAUCUCGUACAUUUACACAAAGCAGACGUACACGUUCCAGAACCAUAUUGGCGCCUUCGCCGUCCUGCUCGGCUGGACCAAUCUGAUGCUGAUGAUUGGCCAGCUGCCCGUCUUCGAUGUCUACGUGGCCAUGUAUACGCGGGUCCAGGGCGAAUUCGCCAAGCUGUUCAUGGCCUAUUCCUGCAUGCUAAUCGGAUUUACCAUCAGUUUUUGCGUCAUCUUUCCAUCGUCGUCGUCGUUUGCCAAUCCCUUCAUGGGUUUUAUCACUGUGCUGGUCAUGAUGAUCGGGGAACAGGAUUUAUCGCUUCUGAUCAACGAUCCCGAUGGCAAGGAUCCGCCCUUUUUGCUGGAGGUCAGCGCUCAGAUUACGUUUGUGCUCUUCCUGCUGUUCGUGACGAUAAUUCUGAUGAAUCUGCUGGUGGGCAUUGCGGUGCACGAUAUACAGGGCCUCAAGAAAACCGCCGGACUCUCGAAGCUGGUGCGCCAGACGAAGCUGAUCAGCUACAUUGAGUCGGCGCUGUUCAAUGGCUAUUUGCCGACAUGGUUGCGCAAUCUGCUCCAUUACACGGCGCUCGUCUCACCGCAGGCCUAUCGCGUGGUUCUCUGCGUGAAGCCUCUAAAUCCCAGCGAGAAGCGUUUGCCGCGCGACAUUCUGAUGAAGGCAUACGAGGUGGGCAAAAUGCGCAAGCACUUUGGUCACACCAUCUCCUCCAAGAAUCCGGGCGAAAAUUAUCUGUCGUACAAAAAUAAGUACAACAAUAAUAACAACUGUUCAACAACCGCGUACGCAAUGCCCGAUCCGGAUCCGGAAUGUACACAGCUGACAACGCUGACGAGCAAAAUAGACGACAAUGCCGAUCGCAUUGAGUUUCUCACCCAGGAGAUACAGGAGCUGAAGCAGGCGCUCAUAUCACAGCAGCAGCAGGCCAGCAAAGUGAUUGACAAGCUGCUGAUCGUCAUCUCGAACCAACAGAAGCAGCAAAUGCGCAAAUAGCUGCUCCCAGCAAGCCAUUUACUAUUAUUAAUAUUAUUAUUAUUACUAUUAUAUAUUAUUAUAUACAUCCAAAUCUUA